CAGGGAGGGAGGGAGGGAGGGCGGCGCAAAAUGGCGGCGGCGAAGGGGAAAGGAGGGCCCGGCGGAGAGGCGUCCGGGCCUGGCGGAGGGGUGAACGUGUUCGCCAACGACGGCUCUUUCCUGGAGCUCUUCAAGCGGCGCAUGGAAGAGGCCUCCUCGGCGGCAGCGAGGAGCGGCCCGGAAGCGGGCGGGCGAGAGGGCGCCGGGGCGCCGAGGGAGGCGGAGCCGCCCGGGGAGCAGGAGCCGGAGCCGCCCGGGAAGAAGCGGACCGGAAGCGCCCUCAGCUUCGUGGGCAAGCGGAGAGGGGGCAGCAAGCUAGCCCUGAAGACAGGAGUGGUAGCCAAGAAACAAAAGACAGAGGAUGAGGUUUUGACAAGUAAAGGAGAUGCAUGGGCCAAGUAUAUGGCUGAAGUGAAAAAAUACAAAGCCCACCAGUGCAGUGACGAUGAUAAAACCCGCCCGUUGGUGAAAUAACUUUCCUCUCCAACCUGGACUGUCUCUGAUGUACAUAAUUAUUUAAAACGUCAAAGGAGAAUAGCUCUUUCCCAUUGACUGAAUGCUGCAUGGCAGCAAGUGACUUGCCAUACUUUUAUAUUUGGGGAUUUAGAGCCUCCUUCACUGGUUCAUUUGUUGUUUUCUUCUUCUUUCUUCUGAGAACAAGACUUUGGCCUAGUUACAAGAUUUUUUUUUGUAUCUGUAACCCCCCUCCCUCUCAAAAUAGUGGAAUUGGUCUGAUGUAUUUUCCCCCGAAUCACCAGACAAUGUACCUUGCUCUUUUUUUGCAAGUGUGUUGUCAAUUGACGUUCAAAGGUGAACUUAACAUGGUCCCAACUAGCCAAUCUGCACUGCAGGCAGUAGUCAUCCCUGAGCACUUUGUUACAGUCACCUGUCCAUGAUGAAAGAUUAGUGGCACUGGUGCUUUCUGAUGUGCUUUGUAUCUUGCAGUUCUGUGACUGCGGUUUUUCCUACGUCCUUUUGUCUUUGCCCUGUUUUAUUAUAUAUUGCAGUUGGUUAUGUGGUUUCAUCCUCAGUUCCAGUUUCUGUUGCUUAAACCUGGCCUCCAGCUGUGCAUGUUCUAAUCUAAAAUGAGUUGAUUUUGCCAAUCUGCUAGCAAAGAAACUAGUAACUUGGUCAAUACCAAAACCAAGUGUUGGAGAAAUUGCCUAAAAUUACUACAGUAAAAAUAUGCCCUGAAAUGACUACAACCCCAGAUGUCAUGAUACUUGUUCCUCUUUUUGAUUUCUAAAAUUUGUGGCUUAAUUUCUUGGGCUGUCAAACCCAAGUGGAGUUCAUGGCCACUGGUUUGAAAGUGUGCUUGCUGCAUGCAUGGGAUCUCUCUUCCCCUUUCCUUUCCAGUCUUCUUUCUUUCUUGCCUUCCUUUCCCUUUUGUUUCAUUCUUUCAGUAUAUCCCAAUUUGAUUCCUCAGUUUCUACGACACAGAACUGAAAUUUAAACCCUUGUUGCAAGUUAUAUUAAUUUAGUCAUGGAGAGUAACUAAGUUUGACAACUUCAUAAAAAGGUCUCAGUACAUUCCUAGCAAUUGGACUGAAAUGAAGGAAUGAGACUACUAUUGAGAUCAUAACAUAGCAUUAUUUGGCUUCUGAUCUUUGUGCCGAAAAACAAUUACAGUUCAGAUCGAAAUCUUUUCCUAUUUGUGCAAACUCCUUUUAGUGAGAGAAGCUGUUUGUGGUCUGGAAGAAUGCAGAUAAAAUACUAGUACCUGACUCUAGAGCUAUAUUCAAUAUGUGAUAGUCCUAGGGAAUCAUUGUACACUGAAGGAAGGCCUGCCGAGGUUUUAUUUUACCAUCUGAGGUGCCUAAAUUAACAUUAAAUAAGUGUUUAUCCGUGCAAGCCAGAUAUUUAUGUAAUAUUCCUUCUCUCUGAAAGUCACAGCUUUCUACAAAUUAGAACAAUUUUGGUACUUAUGUAGGAUACUUAAAGAUUCUUGAGGCAAAGACAACAGUGCUCUUUAAUUGAAUCCUGGGAUUUCUUCCAGUGUGAGCUCUCCUCAGAACCUUCCUUUCGAAUGUGUGGGAAGCAGUAUGAUCUGCCUGAAAUCACGUAUUCAGUAGGAAAUAUUGGAACGGAUUUCUGUGUAUGCAAGUCUAAAGGCAUGUGGGCACAUCAGCAAGUUUGGAAGCCUUGACAAUCUGGCACAAUCUUUUGCAUGUCUAACUGUGUGCAUGCAAGCACCUAUUUCCGACAUUCUUGCUAAGUGCAUGUUGGGGCUUGAUGAAAUCAUCACAUUUCUACCCCUGCAGUGUAUUUAUACUGAGGUAAUGUCUGAAAGGGGCUCAGAGUUGUCAUAUGAGAGACUGCUUGCCAUUGAAAACCCAAAGCAGCUCCAAAGAUUUAAACGUUUCACUGGUAUCUGGUUUCUAGCCAGCUUUAAAAGGUGGUGGUUUGCUUCCUUGUUCUAUGUUUGAUCAAGCUCCCUUCUAUAUUGUUUUUGGCCACCACAGUCCAGCUUAAGAGUUCUGAUAAAUCAUUCUUAAUACUAACUUUUUAAAAUAAAUUUUUGUUGUGGAUACUGCUUUUGUCAACCAUCUUUUUUCUUGUAUGUUAGAGAUAGCCUUUCCUGCUGCUCAGAAGUGUCUUAGAAUUGUUAAUUAUUGAUGUAAAUAUUACAUCCAAAAAUCCUAGGCAAGUAUAUUUUUGUGUGUGGCAGGGAUGGGAGUUACAUGGUACUCCAGAUGCUGUUGAACUGCCACUUCUUGCAUCUCCCACCUCUGUCUGUGUUGGCUGGGUCCUGAUGAGACUUGCAGUUAAUCAGCUUGAGGGCAACAGACUUCCUACCACUGCUUUAUGGAGUAAAGAGAAUUACUUCACAUAAAAUAUUGUGUUAAUCAGUUUGAAACAGACAGAUAUGGGAUUUUUUCCCAUUUAGGCUUGUACAGUUUUAUGGAAAAUAUUUACCUUUUAAUCUACACAAGCUACCUAGUCAAUGUUGAUUUAAGUGCUCAAAUGUUAAAAGUAUAACUGCACUCUAGUUAGACAAUUCUAAAAUCAUUAUUGUGUGGCUCUCAGGACAAAAGUUAAUUACACUUUUAUAGUCCAUUUACUGUGCUGGAAAUGGGUAUUAUCAAAAGUAAUCCAUUUCCAGCAUGAUAAAUGGAUUAUUUCUGAUCACAUGUGGAAUAUGAAAACAGUUCCUUUCAUAGCGAUUAAACUCAGACUUGGAAUAAUUACUUCGAAAUACAAUACAUUACUUAAUUAUUUUUACAAGAAAUGUGUUACUGAUUAUUAACAUAAUACACUAUUGUAUUCAUGCUUGAAGAAGAGCAAACACUUAUGUAGUAGUACUUAUGAAGUGCUGCUACUAGUGUUAGGGAGUGGCAGGAGGACUCCAAUCAGUUGCCUUUUGACUGAAAAUAAUAAAAUGUUGAAAAUCUAA